CUGCGACAAAUCGUAUGCAAAAUAAGAAUAAAAUAAUGAUUUCAAUCAUCAUUUGCAGCACGCAAGUGGCUAAGGAAAGUUAAGGAAACUCUGCGGGUAGCCCAAGGCGUAACAAGUAACAGCGCCUCCCUCCCAUUAAGCCACUGAGGUCCGGCCUGUGCCUGGCCGUUGGCCGUUGGCCCUUUGCCACCCCGCCACACACAGUAAUGGCCAUUUUGCAUGCGUGCCCAGGUGGACUACCUUUAGGGGGUUGGGUAGCUAUAGCAACUUUGGCAAACAAUGAGGGUUACGCCUGGGCCCACUCCCGACCACGCAGUCGACUUGUUUACUUGGCUACCUCCUUGGCUGCAACUGCAAUCGAUGUGUGGCAGAGGUUUCAGUUCCCAUUUGAAUUUCGCCAGCGUAAGUCCCGCGGAUAUCUACAUACAUAGAUCAUGUGCUUCCUCUCGGUGCUCGUGUUGGUGGUCCUAAUGCACUUUGGGAGCUGCUCUCUGUCGAGCAUAAUGCCGCCAGCGUCGCCAGUGCCGGUGCCCACGCCCCACACAUUUCGAUUCCAGAAACCGCAGCAGUGCCUCAAGCAUGAGUUCUACAACCUCAACUACUUUGACUGUGUGCCAUGCAACGAGGCUGGAGACACAGGAAAACUGCAGCCAGACAAAUUCUCCUGCAAGUGCCCUGCCGGACAUUUAUCCAUCUAUGAGCGUGGCAAGACUUGGCCCACCUGCGACGAGAUAUGCUCCACAGCGCCGGACCGCAGCGAGAACUGCACAACGGUGUGGCUGCCACAGCCCAAGCCUGCCACGCACUGCAGCUGGCAGUACCUCAAUGCGACCUCGGUCUUUGCCAGCCAAUUGCCAGUUCAUCCGCUGAUCUCUGGCAUCAUUCUGACCAAAACGAAUCCCGCGAGCAACAGCAGCGACUGCCAGAGCUGCGAUCAGACGUACAAUUUCCGCUACCAGGACUACUGCCUGGCCGAUGGUCUGCUGCGCCCCUACCUCCACUACAAUGCCUUCUGGCAGUCCACAACCAGCGGGAGGCAGAGCCCGAAUGGAGCCACCGCCACCCACUUUGGUGACCUCAAGUUCGUGGCCUUCUUCUGCCUGACCCUGAGGAACGACACUGCCUGCCAGCAGUUGGCAAACCUGUGCGGGCUCUCGCACUACUCCCUCGAGAAGCAUUCGCCCUGCAGCGCCUUCCUGCUCACGCAGGUCUCGGAUGUCGUGAUGAAGUAUGCCCAUUCCGGGGAGCAGGUGCGCUCGCUGCAGCCGUUUCUCUUCUACAAAAAGGGCAAGACCACCAAGGAUCUGCUCUCGAAGACCCUCCAGCUGGCGGACCGCAAGCAGCUGCAACUUUUCAGCACCAGCUUUGGCCUGGAGGGCAGACUGAAGCGCUGGGGACCGUUCACACUGGACAUGGUUAAUCUGUGCCCACAGCCAGCUCCAACUCUGCGACUUGCCCAACCCAAAGGCGAGGCGGAGGUGUCUUGUCAACUCUCUCUGGAGCGGCUCAUAGACUUGGCCAGCCAGCAGGCCAACGAUAAUUACCUCACGCUCUUCCUCAACUUUAGCAGCAACUGGCAGUUCCUGCUCCACCAGCUGCCCGUGCUCAUCGAGACCCUGUCGCCAGAGAAUCAGCGCCCGCAGCAGGAGGAGUGGCAGCUGGUGAAACGUUUCCAACUUAUUGCCGCCCUGCCCAGGGACACUCGCCAUCAUCAGACUGUGCCGCACUACGAGGAUGGCCACAAGCUGCAGGUGUAUCGCUCGCUGCGCUACGUCGAGGAUCUGGAACUGCACUACACGCUGGACGAGAAGCACAAAGAUCGUGUGGGACUGCCCCUCAUUCGUCUCCGCUAUCGCCACAUCGAGUUGACAGGCAAUGCCUCGCUCUCCGAGUCCUAUCCAUUCCGGCUGAGGGUUACUUACCAGCAAACGGCGCGAGGUUGGGACUGGCUCAUCAUGGAAGUGGCGCUCCCGCUGCUCCUUCUGUUGGCCUUCACGGCGGCGGCCUUUCGCUUGCAGAACCUGCGGCGCAGGCGCCAUGCGGAGCUCUGUCAGACCAGCAGCCUGUUGGAAUUUCUGCUCCAACUGGCCAGCAAUGUGGCAUACGCCCUCUUGGCCACUGCUCUGCUGCUGCUGGCCCUGCACGCCUCCAGCCCCCACCUGCUCAGGCCUCUGAUAUAUUCCGCCUGUCUGCUGCAGCUGAUUUUCCUGGGUGUGCACCUGUGGCGUUCCAGCCAGCUCGAGCUUUUUCUCAUCGACUGGGAACGACCACGUAGCAGCUGCGAGGGUCAGCGCCUCAACCUGGACAGCUCCUCGCUCUGCUCCAGCGUGCGCACCUACGUGGCCGAGAGCAGUGUGUCCGCCUGGCGCAUUCUCUUCAUGGCCAAUGCCUGGAUACGCCUCAGUGUGGCCCAGAAAUACUCCACCCUGGGACAGGUUUUCAUGCUCGUGGCAGUGUACCAGUUCCUGGAGCAGCACACACAUGGCCAUGUGGGUCUGCGCUGUGCGCUGAUCUCGGGCAGCUACAUAUUCACGUAUCUACUACAGAUCAUGGGACAUCGUCUGCUCAUCAACAAUCCCCUACAGAAGUUUAUUGAUCUCUGCAGCUUGGCCAACAUUUCACUGUUCUCGCUGCUGGAGCCUGGCUUUGGUUACUACAUCCACGGCAGGUCGCCGCAUGGCUUUGCGGACACGGACAUGUCUUCCAUGAUCCUACAGCUGCAGAAGACUCAGAACAUGUCCGGGCGUCGUGGCCUGCUCAUGGACUCUGACAAGCAGGCCUACAUCAUACUGCCGCCAAGAAAUUUGCACAUCUACUUGGAGCGCCUGCUGCUGCCGUUUCAGCGCAGUGUCACUGGCAGCCUGUCGCAGACGCUGCUCUACCAGAAGGACAUCAUACCCAGCAUCGAUGGUCAGAUAGAGCGCACAUCCAUAGCCUAUGCGAGCGUGAAUCGUUUCUUUUGCGCCUUCAUUGAUCAUGCCAUCAAGGACAUGGACUACAUCAUCAAGGAAAAGACGCUGCUGGAAAAGUUGUUCAACUGCGAGAUCGACAACUACAUUACGGAGAACAAGGGAACCUUCUACAUUGACGACUCGCUCAGCUUCUCUCGGGUGCUGCUGUUGGGCAAUCAUCUGAACAUCUUUGUGCUGGAGAUCCUACUGCUGUUAACCAUCUUCCUGAUGACUUCCAAUCUGCUGAUUGCUGGCGCUCUGGCUUGUGUCUUCAAUUUGCUACUGCGUCACAUCUUCCGCGUUUGGGUGCGUCGCAAUGUCUCCCGCAAGACACUCAUCGAUGAGCGUUUCCUGUUGUAGCCCCAGUCGGAGGAGCAGCAUCUGCGUGAGGAUGGAUUCUUUGCCAUUUAGAAACGGCCAGCUAUGAUUUUUGUUUACAUUUGUUUUGUUUUAUUUUAUAAUCCACUCGAUAGUAAGUAGUAGUACACAUCCAUAUACAGUGAUUAAACGUUAGUUAUCGUUACCAUAAAACUUAUGUAUCUAAAACAAAUAAAAUAAUUUCCAUAGUUUCUGUCACAAUCAACAUGCACAUACACAUGCAUACAUACAAACACAUACAUACAUAAUACACACGCCUAUGCUACGCACAAUCUAUGUAGUUCAUACCUUCCCUUUUGCUCGCUUUACAUAAGUAUUGUUUGCUUUGAUUUGAUUCAUUUUCUUAUGUUGUGUUAUAGGAUUUAUAAUUUCAUGCUUAUUGUUUACUAUGUGGCAUCGAUAGGAGUAGCAGCCAUAUCAUAUUAUAUUUAUCAUCUAGUUUAAG